GCACACAACCCAGUCUAAAAAAAGACAGACAGAGAGAAAAAUAUCUAAGCAGAAAAAAAGAGCCAAAUGGUAUGAAUUAGGAUUGGUUAAUUGAAAAGAUUACAAUCUUUAAGAUUUCAUAUCUAGACAGUUCUUAUCAAAGAGAAGGAACAACCAUACUAACGUUAGUUUGAGUUGAAGACAUUUAAAAAGAAGAAUCAAGCAAUUGUAAUUCAAAUAUAAUCAAAAAAAAACAUCAAAAAAUAAUCAUACAAAGGAUAAAUUUAUAGACUAAAUCCCCAAAAGAAUAGACAAAUGUAUGUUAGAUUACCAUUUGACGAAUUAAAAGUGGAUCCUACUCAGAAAAAGCGGGUGGCUUAUUUCUAUGAUCAAGAUGUGGGGAAUUACUUCUAUGGUACUGGUCAUUGUAUGAAACCUCAUCGUAUUAGAAUGACCCAUUCUUUGAUUAUGAAUUAUGAAUUAUAUAAGAAAAUGGAAAUAUAUCGAGCUCAACCAGCCACAAAUUUAGAAUUAACUCAAUUCCAUACUGAUGAAUAUAUUGAUUUCAUCGAUAGAGUCACUCCUGAUAAUUUAGGCUUAUUUGAAAGAGAGCAGAUUAUCUUUAAUGUAGGAGAUGAUUGUCCUGUGUUUGAUGGAUUAGGUGAAUUUUGUAAAAUAUCAUGUGGAGGAUCAAUGGAAGCUGCAGCAAGAAUGAAUAAUGGUUCUUGUGAUGUGGCUAUAAACUAUGCUGGUGGUUUACAUCAUGCAAAGAAAUCAGAAGCUUCAGGGUUUUGUUAUUUAAAUGAUAUUGUCCUUGGUAUAAUUGAAUUAUUAAGAGUUCAUCCUCGAGUUUUAUAUAUAGAUACCGAUGUUCAUCAUGGUGAUGGGGUUGAAGAAGCAUUUUACAGUACAGAUAGAGUCAUGACAUGUUCAUUCCAUAAAUUUGGUGAAUUUUUCCCUGGAACAGGUAAUUUAAAUGAUAUUGGAUUACUGAAGGGGAAAUAUUAUUCAGUUAAUGUUCCUUUAAGAGAUGGUAUAGAUGACGCUUCAUAUAAAUCAAUCUUUGAACCUAUAAUACUGAAAGUUAUUGAAUGGUAUAGACCAUCAGCUAUAGUAUUACAAUGUGGAGGUGAUUCAUUAAGUGGUGAUAGAUUAGGUCCAUUUAAUUUAUCAAUGAGAGGUCAUGCUAAUUGUGUAAGUUUUGUUAAAUCAUUCGAUAUACCAGUUAUGGUCCUUGGAGGUGGUGGUUAUACCAUUAGAAAUGUGGCAAGAACUUGGGCUUUUGAAACUGGUAUAUUAAACAAUGUCAUCUUACCUAAAGAAUUACCUUAUAAUGGAUAUUAUGAAUAUUAUGCCCCGACAUAUGAAUUAGAUGUUAGAAGUUCAAAUAUGAACAAUGCUAAUUCAGAAGAGUAUUUGGAUAAAAUACUUACUAGUGUUUUAGCUAAUCUUGAUAAUACCAAACAUACACCAUCAGUACAAAUGAACGAAGUUCCAUCCUCAUCCUGGAAUUUCGAUGAUGAUGUAAAUGAAGACGAUGAAAAAGAUGCCAUAGAUACAAAUGGAGGUUCACAAUACGCCAGAGAUAAGGCUAUACAACCAGAUAAUGAAUUCUAUGAUGAUGAUGAUAUUGAUAGAGGAGAGAAAAACAUAUCUGACAAUGGUAAUACUAAUACCAAUGGAAAUGGAAAUGGUGUUGCAACAAGUAAUGGAAAUGGCAGCCAUAAUAAUCUAGAAGAAGAUACUACCAUCAAUAAUGGUAAUAAAAGUAAUAACGUGACGUUAACUGACGACGAAGUCAAUGAAAUUGAACAAUUAAAUGAGGAAGAUUAAAAAAGUACCUGAAAAUAAACAAUUUUGUAUAUAUUAAUAUUGUAUCUAUUAAUUUUUUGAAUAUAUAUCUAUCUAUUAAUUCUAUUUAGGUUGAUGAUUGAUU